AUGAGUCCGACGACAGCCCAUGGGGCUGCGCGCAUCGAUGAAAAGAUCCUUGCGACGCCCUCGGAUGCUUACCUAUGGUCGUUGGAGUUUUUCCCGCCAAAGACCACGCUUGGCCUGGCGAAUUUGUGCUCGCGUAUUGAGCGUAUGGUCACGUCGCUGGGCCCCGGGUGGGUCCAUGUGACGUGGGGUACCGGAGGUACGACGCGUGACACGUCGCUGGAGUUGGCGGCGCGUGUCCAGCUGGGUGUGUAUGACCCAAAUGAGGACUACAAGGCUGUCACAGAGCCGAGGGAGCAUGCAUGCAAUGUGUGCUUGCACCUUACGUGUACGAAUGUGGAUCGUGCGUAUUUGGAUAGCGCGCUGGACGGAGCAAAGCGGUUUGGGAUUCGCAAUAUCCUUGCGCUGCGUGGUGAUCCCCCGCGUGGCGAGGAGUACUGGGUUGCAACGGACCAGCGUUUCCAGUAUGCGUCCGACUUGGUGCGCUACAUCAAAGAACAGCACGGCGACUAUUUCUGUAUUGGUGUCGCUGGCUACCCAGAAGGUCAUGCCCAAGGCGCGGAUCGCGAUGUGCCGCAGGACAUGAAGUUCCUCAAGGCGAAGCAGGAUGCUGGAGCGCAGUUUAUCGUCACACAGCUGUUUUACGACGCGUCGUCGUUUGCGCGUUGGUACCACGCAUGCCGAGCGGCUGGGAUUACCGUGCCGAUCAUUCCUGGUAUUAUGCCGAUCCAGAACUAUACUAGUUUCCGCCGUAUGGCGAAUUUGUGUGGUGUACGAGUCCCGGCGGAUACGCUCAAGAAGCUGGAGCCGAUCAAAAUGGAUGAUGCGAAAGUGAAAGAGAUGGGGAUUGAGCUGAGUAUUCAGCUGAUUCGCGAGGUCCAAAAGGAGACAGGGAUCCAUGCAUUCCACAUGUACACCCUGAACCUGGAAAAGAGUGUGACCCAAGUCGCGCGUGCGUUUGUAGGCGAGGGGCAUGUGCACCAAGGUCUUGGGGCGGAUACAUGGGACGAAUUUCCCAACGGUCGAUACACAGAUGCCCGCAGUCCUGCGUUCGGUGAAGUGGAUGGCUAUGGUGCCAGUCUUAAGGUCACGCCGGACCAGGCCAUCCAGCUGUGGGGCACACCCGUGGACAAGGAUGACAUUUCGAAGUUGUUUGUGUCGUACGUGGCCGGCGAGUUGUCGUGUAUGCCAUGGUGCGAUUCACCUGUGUGGGAGGAGACCGCGCGACUGCUCCCCGUGCUGCGCCACCUAAAUGCGCCGCACAGCAAGGGCGGUAAAGGUUGGUGGACGGUGGGAUCGCAGCCAGCCGUGGAUGGAUGUGAUAGCAGUGAUCCGACCUAUGGUUUCGGGCCGCAGGGCGGCUACAUUUUCCAAAAAGCGUUUGUGGAGCUGUUUCUGAGCGAGGCGGACAAGCAGGCGCUGGUCGCGGCCAUUGCAGCGAGUGAUGAGCCUGUGACAUACUUUGCCGGUACUUGUGAUCCCGCCUCGUUUGAGACAAAUGUGGAAGGCACAGGCCUGAACACAGUGACGUGGGGUGUGUUCCCUGGCCGCGAAGUGGCGCAGUCGACAAUCAUUGAAGAGGCAUCGUUCCGUGCGUGGCGCGAAGAGGCCUUUGCGAUCUGGCACGAGUGGGAGAUGCUGUUCCCACCGCGCUCGGCGACACGACAACUGCUGCAUCGCAUUCAUGACGAGCGCUGGCUCAUUACGGUGGUGCACCAUAACUACAAGGACCCUGAUGCGCUAUGGAAGUUACUGGAUCACGUCGUAUUGCCCUGA